AUGCUACUCUUCACUGAUUUGAUGGUACGAGACAACAUUUUGAUACAAAUUACUGUUGAUCAUAAAAACCGAGUCCCGCCUGCCAAGACAACUUCUGAUAAGUCGCCUGUAGUGGGGUUUCUAGGAGCAGCUAAGUCAGAUAACACUAUAGCUAUCGCCAACCUGUGCAACGUUUUAAAGAUUCCUCAGAUAUCGUACGCGUCCACUUCUCUGGAUCUGGACGACUCAGAAGCCUACCCUUACUUCCUGAGAACAGUUCCAUCUGACCAGCUACAAGCUGAAGCAAUCGUGGAAAUCAUCAGACAAAGCCACCUCACCCACGCCUCCAUGAUCACCACCAAACAAAAGGAGUUCUGUAUCGCAUUCCAAUACAAGCUGCAGCAAGACUGGGCCGCAGACAUAGCCGACAAGGUUUUGGGGCAAAUAAACGAAACGGAGCUAUCAGUCAUCGUGCUAUUUUCCGAUAUAGAACGAACUAAAGAAUUCUUCGGAGCAUUAAAAGACCAGCUAGCUAAGCUAGAAGUUACCGAGCGAGACAGACUAAGAGAGAAAGUACUGAAAGUCACGUACAUAGGAUCAGACUCUUGGUCUUCCGAUCAGGAAACCUUCACUUUGUAUCACAGGGAUGUGUUCAGGAGGUUCAUAGGUGUGGGCGUCUACACAAAGGAUAUUAAAGGGUUCAAAGAACACUUACAGACCUUAAACUCAACUAAUUAUAACACUAUGUACGAUAAUAUGAAGGAGAAUUUUUUUCUGAAGUGGUACGAAGAAUACCGUGAAAGCACUGGUAAGGAUUGGCAGGAUACGAUAGGAGACUCAAAACUAGACGAUCAUUCGUCCACUACAGCAGAUGCAGUCCACGCGUUUGGUCAGGGACUGCUCGAGUACAUCAAUGCAAGCAAGAUCAACAGCUCGUUUGACACUGUUACUUCUGAUCUGUUUGAUGUACUAAAAGAGUUGAGCUUUCACGAUCUCACCGGAAAUAAAGAGUCAACUACCCUCCAUUUCUCACACCAGUCCGGGUGGUCAAGGCGCAAAUCAACCUCACCCUGCUGUCACGAAUGUGUGGACUGCGCUGCACACGAGCACAGCAACGGUACCACUACCAUGUGCUACGAUUGCGCGGACACGUACACCCAUAACGAGGAUCACACUGGUUGUGUAGCCGUCACACCCGACUUCAUCUCCUUCACCUCCUCGUUUGCUGUUAUCCUCUACAUCCUGAUUGCUGGGGGGCUGGUGGCCGUGGCGGGGAUUGUGGUUAUCUUUGUGCGGUUCCUGUGUUGGGUGUCCUGUUUGUUUCUCUGUGUCUCCUGUCUCACUAAAACUGUUAUCAUCAAACUAAGGGCGUUGCAGAUUACUAAAUUCUAUAUCAUCCAACUGUUGAUUCUAGUGGUAGCGCUACUGACUCAGGUGUUUAUUAUGGGACUUGUCUUGUUCUUCAAACCAAUGAAAUACCAAAAGAAGGAGAUCUUACGAGGAAAGGUGUUCGGGGAAUGUCACUUUCAAGACGACACACCUCGCAUGGACAUCCUUUUGUACAUUUCCUGUUUCGUCAUCUUUGUGGGCUCACUCGUCCUAUCAUUCCUCGGCAGAAACAUAAACGAGAACUACAAUGAAGGAAAAUUCUUAGCCUUCCAGGUGAUAGCAAUGCACAUAGUGAUCGUAGCGUUCAUUCCCACAAUAAUGCUUCUAGAGGGACCUGUUCUGAGUGGCGCGUGGGCAGUAGCUAUCGUUAUUAUGUGUUUCAUAGUCCUGAUCGUUCUCUUCACUCCAAAACUUUACAUCGUUAUCUACAGACCUUACAAAAAUCAGUUUAUUGAGGAAUUAAUGCCGGAGAUUCCGAGAACAAACGGUGUAAUCAGCGAGGAAAAUUCUGUAGAUUUGUGACAAUCUUAAAUUAGAGCUUAAUAUUAUUGUGUUUGUUGAUUGGGGCAUGCAUCACGAUUCCGAUAGAACAUUUU